UAAAUCACACGCACUAUCGGUAGCUUUGCAAGAAGAGCCUUGAAGAAAUCGUAAACUCUUGAAAGACCCAAAGACUGGAUUCGUUUCGUGCCGAUAUGGGCUCUCCUGGGAUAUAUUGCCAUGUAUGGCGGGAAGCGGAGAACGAAACCAUUGUGUCAGCUCUCAAGCACGUGAUCACCGGCGGCAUUGAUGGUCUCCCGGUCACCCAGGAAUCACACCUUCAGCUACUACAAGGCAACUCCCAGAGUGCCACGCCAUCAUCAUUCCCUUCAACCAGCUGGACCAAUAGUGUGGAUGCUGACAUGUUCCCGGUACACAUCAUGGACGGCUGUCCGGGGUGCAAUCUCUUGGCGCCCAUUGGAGAGAACAACAAGAAGAAGAGAAAAACGACGACGACGACGACGACGACGAAGCAGAAGUACAGGGGAGUAAGGCAGAGGCCGUGGGGGAAGUGGGCGGCAGAGAUAAGGGACCCGAGGCGAGCGGCAAGGGUGUGGCUGGGCACGUUCGAGACGGCGGAGCAGGCGGCGAGGGCUUACGACAAGGCCGCCAUAGAGUUCCGCGGAGCCAGGGCGAAGCUCAACUUCCCAGAGUCGGACUACGCGGAGACAGAGCAAAGCGCAGAGGAUGAGAGAGCUGAGGAGGCUAAUCCAAACGCAGGGGCGGAGUGGAGGAGCACCAAUCCAGAGAGUGUGGAAGUGGGAGAGAGCUCUAAGGAAGAGAAGGAGUUCUGGGAUGAGUUUACGGAGGACGAGCUUAAGGGGAUGAUGGCGGAUUUGCAGCAUUUGCCUGGAGAAUGGACAAAACUUGAUAAAACGAAGACGUAUUAGCGGUGGCGGACCCAGUCUUGCGAAUAUGGGGGCCAAAUUGAAAAAAGAAAAAGAAAUGGGGGGUAAAAUUUUUUUAAAAAAAAAUAGUUGGGGCUUGGGGGCAGGGCCCUCCUGACCCUUAUGUAGGGCCGCCACUGUGUUUUAGCAUUAGAGUGUCGGAGAAGUGACUGGACCUUUUUUGGGUACCAGGAAGUUGGAUUGUGGUUUUAGGGUUUAAAAUUCGUUGGAGAUGGGCCCAAGUGAGCUGAAGAUUAUGGAAAUUUGAAAGUCUUUUUUCUAGAAAUGGAAUAAAGCUAAGAAGAGUUUAAGGUAAUGUGUUACUGGAGCAGAUUCAUCAGGAACAAGGAAUUCAGGAGACGUGGCUGAAGGAAGAUUGGUAGCAGAGGCCAGUGGAGUCGUGAUUUAAAGAUCAAACUGGCUGCUAAUUAAUAAGAAGAAGGGAAUUGAAGAGGAUAGUCGGUGCUAAUAAAGCAUGAUCCCUUUAAUUUCUUUGCAGGAGAAUGCAAGGGAUAUAAUUGUAAUAGUGGGCUUUUGUUAGUUAGUUAGUUAGAAGUUGAUUGAGGUACAAAAGUCUAAAGAGAGUGUAGGGAUAGUUAUCGAAAGUGUUAAAGUGUUUUCUUAGAAUUGUAGUUCUUGGAACCUUUGAGUUGAGCUCGAAUCAUCCAUUCUUGGAGUCCGACUAAGCUCGAAUUAGUCAACCUUUUAUCAAUUUCAAUAUUCAGUUUAUCCA